AUGCCGUCGACGAGACCCUGUGCGGCCUUUGAGCCCAUUUCACCCGAUUUCGAUCUGAAAGCCCUUGUUGAGUCCCAGCCUAACUUCGAGUGGGUUGUGCGCAUCCACUGCGACAUGAUAGAUCACCAAGGCCUGGAAAACUUUGAGAAGCUGGUCUUGAUCCAUGUCAUCCUGGGCGGCAAGCCUCUUGUAAUCGAGGGCUACGAGGAGCGACUCGACAGAUGGACAUUCGCGUUACAGUGGCUCCGCGACAACUGCGGCUCAAAAGUUGAAAAUGCGAGAGAUCUCACCAAGAAGACCAACGUCCCGUUAUCGAUCGGCCACUACUUGAACCACAUGGCGUUAUUGACAAAUCAGUGGACCCCACGGAACUACAAGGAUCCCCAGCGUCAGCGGAUGUACCUCAAGGAUAUCGACUGCCCGCAGCUGUGGCAAGACAAGUUGUCCGAAAUCAUUCCUCCCGGUCUGUUCUAUCUCAACGAAUCGACAGGUGACGUGGGUGGGUUUGGGGCAGUGGACGAAAACGACCCUAUCAGGCCAGGCAUGAGGAAGGGAAAGGGGAUCGCCAGAGCGGGAGAUUUGAUGAGCAGCCUUCCGAAAGAAAUGCGUGCAGAGAACCUGAUGUGCUACAUCGGCCACGAAGGCACUUAUACCCCCGCCCACCGAGAGAUGUGCGCAAGUCUUGGUCAGAACAUUAUGGUCGAAGCUUCCACUGGACUCGCUGAGGACGGCAAACUCACAAAGCCGGGCUCCUCGAUCUGGUUCAUGACUGAGUCCAAAGAACGGCAAGUCGUCGCCGAGUACUGGCUCUCUCGCCUUGGCCAUGACAUUGAGAUCGAAAACCAUUUCGCCCAGGUCAACGCGUGGAAGAAUGCACCAUUCAAGACGUAUGUGGUCGAACAGAAGCCCGGCGACUUUAUUCUUAUUCCUCCAUUGGCUCCGCAUCAGGUGUGGAACCGUGGAACGAGAACCAUGAAAGUCGCUUGGAACAGAACGACUGUGGAAACGCUUGAAAUGGCAAUGCAUGAAGCUCUGCCCCGAGCAAGGAUGGUGUGCCGAGAUGAACAGUACAAGAACAAGGCAAUGAUUUAUUACACCAUGCAGAAAUACUCGAGACUCCUUCGGCUGGCAGAGAAAUUCAAGCAAAGAUCCAUGGGACUUAAACACAAAAUGCCCAGUGACUCGAAAGUCCGGCAACUAGAAAAAGACUUUCGCAGGCUGCAGAUUCUGUUUACUGAAAUCUUGGUGUCAGAAAGUUUCCUUGCUGACCGCAUCGAGAAGAAGGUUGAGUAUAUCCCUUAUGACAGCAACAUUACUUGUUCAUAUUGCCGCUGCAAUAUUUUCAACCGGUUCCUCACAUGCCCUAAUUGCGUCGAGCAGUUGGCGAACGGUGACGAAGACACAUAUGACAUCUGCAUGGAAUGUUAUGCAAUGGGCAGAAGUUGUGCGUGCAUAUCAAAAUUGAGAUGGGUUGAGCAGUGGCCCUGGGGAGAACUCACACAGAAGCACGAACAAUUUCGACAACAGAUCCUGCAGUAUGAAGGCAGAUUGACCGAGAAAUCUCCCAUGCCACUUAAGAUCGAACUGGACAGGCUCGGGAACAAAAGGACACUGGCGCAGAUCUGCCAGCUUGAGUUAGGAAGGAGGCCAUUUCGUGACAUCCGGCGUCCGCAGUCACCUGUGACAGGCGACGAUCGCGAAGAAGUGGAGGAGGUGGAUGCAAACGGGAAUGUGAAGAAAAAGAAGAAGAUCAAGAGAACUGAGAAGUUUUUGAGGACACAUGCUCGAUGCCAUGUUGACUUUCACUGGGAACCCAAAUGGAAGCAAGCUGCGUGCACCAAAUGCAGCAAACAUUGGUGCUACGGCACACUUUUUCGAAGGUUCGACAUGAUGCCACAGGAUAUCCUUGCCGAACCGGACUGGCUGUGUCCGAGCUGUCUGAACAUCUGUGGCUGCCGUCACUGUCGGGCUAAACCAGAAUACAAACCCUACACACCAUCUGGAACGAUUCUCGGUCAUAACACGAAGGCAAUAGCAGAUCCCCGCUCAGUGGAAAGCCUCGUUGACUUUGGCUAUUCCAAUAUUGCCUGGAUCCAGAAGGCGGGAGAUGAUCGUGGGGAUCAGUCCCGUCGCCUUGAAAAGCGUCGGAAAGAGGCAGAGGCAGCCAAAGCUACGGGGCCUGAGCUAGGAGAACACUACGUUGACGGUGACCACGAGAUGGAUGACGGAGUGGAAGAAGGCCUCCUUCGGUUGGCGCAACAAGAAGGCAUACCGAUCGACCCAGCCCGACAAGGAGGCAUACCGAUCGACCCAGCUCUGGAACCUGCUGGUCCACCCGAAUCUCCCGGAGAGGACGAAGAUGACUACGACGAGAACCCAGAAGGGGCGAAAGUCAGAGGAGAAGUGGUUCCCAUCGAUCUUACAUCUCAAUACGCUCUCCCCGAGGGUGGCGUCAUCAGAGACGUCGAGCAUGCAUAUGAUCCAACCGAGGCCAUCACAUACGACUAUCCGGAUCCUGAGAUCGGUGUCCAUGUUCCUGUCCCUGUUGAAGAAGAGCAAGCGAUCGUGACUCCAGGGUACGCACCAGCUGGCGUGGAAGAUGGGACAGAGAUUGAAAUGGUCGAGCGUAAACGCAAGCGUGGGAGGAUCGAUGAUGGCGACCGCCCUUAUCAAUACAAGAAAGCCAAAGCCGACAAGAACAAAGUGCGAAAAUCACUUAUUGUGAAGUUGCCGCUUCCGAAAGCGAGACUCGAAGAAAUGGAAAGGAUGGCAAAUGUUGCGCGGCAGGCGUUGAACGGAGUGGAAGUCCCUGCACCGGUCAUCAGCUCUGAUCUCCAAGCUCUCAACACUGCCGAUGGAAAUGUGCAGAAGAAGGUUCGGCGAGGUGUUGAACAUGUUGAAGUUGAACAGGACGACGAAUUCAUGCCCGGUCGGUAUCGUGACCGCAGGAAACCUGCCGCAGAUGGAUCCCUUCGACCACGAGCCGACGCUGAAAUUACCAGGCGCCAGACUCGGACGCAACACAAACAUUAUGAAGAACCCUCGGAGGACGAGUUCAGUGAGGUUGUUUCUGAGCAUGAGCCUUCUUCCGAGCGCCACAAAUCUGCAAACAAGCCGGCACCGAAAGUGGUCAGGUUGGACGACGUCGACGCGGAUUUGGAUUCUUCCACAUCCUCGGACGACGAAACCGUACAGAAUGAGAGCUCUGCGUCGAGCCCGCCCGUUGAAGUUGGACCGAGCGGUCCCAAACCAGCACCACGAAUGGCCACAAAGGCCCCCAAACUGACGGUGGCGCAGACUGUCCAUACUCUAGCAACAAGCUCCCCUGCCGAGCGGAGUGAAAGAUCGGUCUCAGUGGCCUCAUCAGUACCUCCUCGAAAGAAAACUACACUCGCCCCAUCGACCUCAGCUGCCUCCAUCUUGAGCGAGGCGAAGGCCGCAGCAGAAGCGUCGGCGAAUCGACGGGCGAAAAUGGCAGCGAUUGAGUGGAUGGAGAAUGACAGCGAAGACCUGGACGACGCUUGGUCACAGAACUCGUUCUUGGACGGACAUUCCUCGCGCAAUAAGGCCGCUAGUCCGGCUCAGAAAGAGGUCGCCCCUGCCAGAGAAGAAGAGGAGGAGCAAGAUGAAGGAGAAGAAGAAGAUCAAGAAGAGGAAGAGGAAGAAGCUGUUUCACAUCCCAAGCCUGUCAAGAAUAAUAAGGAACAGCCGAGACGCUCUCCCCUCGCCCCAACAGUACCGAAGCGAGCCGUGGUGUCGACGGCGAAAGCCUUGGCUUCGGAGUGGGCGGACAGUGAUGAUUCGGACGACGGGACACAGACUCGUAGGCCGGGCGGUGCUUGGGUUGCCAUUAAUGGUGGAGCUGCGAACGCGAGUCGAGUGGCGCCUACAAAGCCUUCCGAUACUGCUAUGGGUCUGAAAAAGAGAGGAAGGCCCCGAAAAUAUGCUUAA